AUGGGAAAGAAAGACGCAAAGACCAAGCCAGCUGCACCCGCCAAGCCAGCACCAGCUGUCACGAAGAGCAAAGCCAAAGCACCAGCAAAGGCAGCUGAAGCCGCUCCUGCCCCUGCUUCCGCGAAAAAGUCUGGCAAAAAGGAAAAGAAGAGCAAGACUGCGCCCAAGCCCAAGACGCCUACGCCCGAACCAGAGCCCUCGUCCGAAGAGAGCGAAGAGGAAUCCGAAGAAGAUGACGAUGAUGAGGAGAGCAGCGACGCUUCGAGCGAAGAGGAAGUAGCUGCAAAAUCUGCUCCCUUGCCUGCCCCCGUCAAAGCCGCACCCACCCAGUCCGCUUCAUCGUCAGACGAAGAAUCUUCUGACGAAUCAUCGGAAGAGGACACAAAGGCUGCGACAGUCAGCAAGACUAAUGGCGCUGCCGCUGCCGACGAGAGCUCAGAUGAAGAGAGCUCAGACGAGAGCUCAGAUGAAGCUGCUCCGCCGGCACAGGCUGCAAAGAACAGUGUAGCUGGCAAGAAAGACACCAAGAAGGCGAUCGCUGCCGCUGUUGCAGCAGACGCCGAAGAGGACUCUGCGCACUCUUCCGACGAGAGCAGCUCGUCUGAUGAGUCUUCGGACGAAUCGACGCCUGCGCCUGCUGCUGCCGCUGCAAAGACGAAUGGCACCAAGCGCGCUGCUGAGGAGUCAGAGGAGGAUAGCUCAGAGGAUGACUCUGAGGACGAAUCUGAGGGCUCUUCCGAUAGCUCGGAUGAUGAUGAGGACGUGAAAAUGAAGGAGGCUGCUAAGCCUGCUGCGAAAAAGGAUGCAAAGCCUCCUGCGAAAAAGGCAAAGACCGAGGAAGCUGCCGGAUCUACAGAGAUCAAGAACGUAUUUGUUGGGGGACUCAGCUGGGGCAUCACAAACGAGUCUCUUCAAGAGGCCUUCGAGAGUUGUGGCGAGAUCGUCAGCGCGCGUGUCGUGACUGAUCGCGAGACCGGCAAAUCCAGAGGAUUUGGUUACGUCGACUUUGUUGACGCUGCUGGUGCGAAAGCUGCUUUGGAGAUGGCCGGAACUGAGCUUGACGGUCGUACGAUCAACGUCGACCUCUCUGCUCCUCGUCCUCCUCGCGAUGGACCGGGCGCUACGCCCAAGAAGCAAUUCAAUGACGAGCUCUCGGCGCCAAGCCAGACCGUCUUUGUGGGAAAUCUCUCAUUCGAGUCGACUCAGGAUGCCGUGUGGGAAUCUUUCAGUGACUUUGGGGGCGUCAAUUCGGUCAGAGUACCGACAGAUAUGGAGACCGGCAGGCCAAAGGGCUUUGCCUAUGUCGAAUUCGGCGAUGUCGAUUCGGCAAAGAAGGCGGUCGAUCAAGGCCGUUCAUCAGAGGGACUCGAGAUUGAUGGCAGAAGGGUCCGUUUGGACUUUUCACAACCUCGUCAGCCUGGUGGUGCUCGAGGCUCGCCCCGCGGUGGUCGCGGUGGCUUCAAUGAUCGCGGCAGAGGCGGUCGUGGUGGCUUCAAUGACCGUGGUCGUGGUGGCGGUCGUGGCGGUCGUGGUCGUGGUGGUGGCGGUGGCGAUGCAGGCUGGGCCUCUCGAGGCGGUCGUGGUGGUGCGCGCACAGGCGCCGUCCAGGCUCCUGCCGGCAAGAAGACAGUCUUUUAA